AUGUCGGACUUGGUAGAAAAUUGCUCCGGUCAUACCUUUGCAUUACCAGCAUCAGACUCUCUCAACCCAGUUUGGAAUCCCAUUGAUUCGAAGGAAGAGAUAAUACCAUAUUAUGAUAGAUUAGAGUUACCAGUAAAGCUGGCAGAAGAAAAGUAUCAAGUGGUUGGAGGCUUGGGAACAGGAAGUUUUGGCUCAGUUAUUCUGGCUAAAAUCAAAAAUGGCUAUAUGCAAUCUAUCAGAAAAAAUAUGUGCCGUCAAGUGGGAACUUUAAUGGAACCAAUCGCUAACUAUCAAAGAGCUCCAACUCAAUUAGUGGCAAUUAAAAUCAUGAUCAAAAAGCUCCACUCGGUAGCAGAUUAUUCUAGGGUUAAAGAGGUUAACUUUAUCCUUUCAGUUUCUUCCCAUCCGAAUCUCGUUCAGAUAUAUGAUGUGUUCAUUGACAAAAUGUUCUUGAAGCUCCAUAUUGUAAUGGAAACAAUGAAUCAAAAUUUAUACCAAUUGAUGAAAACAAGAAAGGGAUCCUUAUUUUCCCCUCCAACGUUGAAAAAUAUAUUAGCACAGCUUUUAGCAGCAAUUCGACAUAUACAUCGCUCUAAAUUCUUUCACAGGGAUAUAAAACCUGAAAAUAUUCUUGUGAUGCCAACAGUGACUUUUUACGGAUCAAAAGAAAAUGUGCCACCAUCCAUGAAAAAUUGCACUUAUGUUAUAAAGUUAGCAGAUUAUGGUUUAGCUCGUCAUGUCAGCAACAACAAUACCUUCACCGCAUAUGUGUCUACCCGCUGGUACAGGUCACCUGAAAUUCUUCUUCGAAAAAAGAAGUAUUCAUUUCCAGUGGACAUUUGGGCAUUUGGUUGUGUGGCAGUUGAAACGGCUACAUUUAACCCCCUUCUUCCAGGACAGAAUGAAUUGGAUCAAACCUGGAAAGUGUUGGAACUUUUAGGCUGCCCGGAGAGAAUAAAUUGUCCAGAAAUUAAGGAACCGUUAGGAGGUUAUUGGGAUGAAGCACAGCCUUUGGCCGCAAAAUUGGGAUUUUGUUUGCCAAAGUUACCUGGUACUAGUAUCAGUCAUAUUUUACCAAGAAAAGAUAUUCCAAAAACAGAGAGAUAUCAGUUAUAUGAGAUUGUAAAAUCAUGCUUGACUUGGGAUGCUGGACUCAGAGCAAAGGCGGAAAUCCUUGCGAAAAGCUUGUACUUCCGGAAUACUGUUCUAACAGAAGAAGAUAAACUUCGUUACGAAAAAGGAUGUGCCUUCAUUAACAGUCUUUCAAAUCUUGGUGAAAAGGAACUGUCAACGAUGAAAACAAAGAGGAUGGACAACAUUAACCUAAAGGAGAAUACCAAUCCUGUUUCAUCAAAAAUUGAUCAAAUUGAGGGUUCAGCCAGUUCAACGAACCGAAGUCUAAAUAAAGAGAAGAAAUUAAGAAACUUUGAUCUAGACUUGUUUCAUUUAUUUAGAAAUAGGCAUACGAAUCAGCGAAAAGAGGAAAAGAUUCCAUCCUUAGAAAAAGAGGAUGGAGAGGAUAACAAUGAAAGUGGGAGUGGUAAUACAGAUGAAGAGAAUUAUCAAUACUCUUCUAUCAGCAUGGAUUCAGACGAUGCCAAUGGAAUACAAUUCCCUACAGAAUCACUAGAAUUAUAUUCUUCUGAACUUCCAUUGGAACUCAAAAAGGAGGAUGUGUACCCAGAUCCAAGUUUUGUGAAUGGUGAAACACAACUUACAUCUCUUGAAAUCCCCAAUUACGACAAACUGAAAGAUUUUCUGAAAGAUUCGGAAAUCUGUGUGAAGCCAAAUCUAUCGUCAAUCGAAGAUUCUUCAUUUGAUGAUCUGAGUUUGAGCUUUAAAAAUUCGUACAAUUUGGAUGUACCUCUGCAAGACAAAAUCGCAAAAUAA